AAAAUACGUUUCAUGUCAUAAGAAGUCACAUUUUGGCAUCCGCUCACUCCAGUUGAUACUUAGUUAUAUUAGUAGGGAGUGAUCGGGUUAAGACGGUCUCGACCUAAGACUUUUCGACUUUACUUCCCCCGUCUGCCAUUUUGCCUGGGUAAUGCUUGUCUGUGUUUGUGCGCGGGGAGUAUCUUUGCAUUUUUCGCCCUCCUUUUUCGACAUUAUCGCACCAAAGAAGAAAGCUGUGUCUUUAAGCAAUGCUUCUGCAGCCAAAAGAAAAUCUAUUACCAAGGAAACGAAGCGCAAGAUCAUAAAAAGAUUGGAGAAAGGAGAGACACCAACACCACCAAGGCUUCAGUCGGUCGAUUGUGGUGACAAUGAUUAAAGACAAAGCCCGUAUUUUAGCGCAUGUGAAGGGUUCCGUUCCGAUGUCGGAUGCAAUGAACACAAGACAAGGUUCUUUGAUACUUGUCGAGAUGGAGAGGAUUGAGAACUAGGUUCCUCCUUCUUUUCCAUCCACCUCUCAGCAGUAAUGCUAAGUACAUCAUCUUGUUUAUUUCAAUGUAUUUGUUUUUUAUACAAAGUAUUUUAUUGUAAAUUCUGACUUUCAUGGUGGAAUCCGCCAUAAGUCGAAAUCCGAGUUAAGUCGCUACUGUAGGAACGGAUCUCAGUUGACUCCCUGUAUUAAUAUUAGAAAAGAUUCUGAUCACAGCUUUUUAUGAUGUUAGUUCGUCUGCUGUAUUCCUACUUAAGAGUAACCCUUCCUGAGGUACCUUCAUUUCCUAACCGCAAUAUCAACGAUAUUAUGAAUCAUGGCACUAUCGGAUCAUUCUUUUUAAGCAGCCGAAUGAAACUGCACAUUUUGAAAUGGACUUUUAUUGAGAGCAGCCUACAGUAAACCUGUGCAUUUUCAUGGAGUCUAAUCAACAAUCAGGUCGAUCUUCAGACGAUCAGCUGGAAGUGCGUGGAUCGUGGUGUGUGGGUAUAGAUCCUCCGACCAGCAUCACCGUAUUUACACGCCAAAAGCGUCGCCGUCGGUCGUGAUCACAGGACACGGCGGGGAGGAAGAGACACAAUCCACCGCGAGUGCCUGAUCUGGCCCAGACUCCAGCCAUGCCUCUUCUGGAAGAAACCACUCAACCACAACCGCACCCACCCAUUCUUCCAGUCGUCAUCAUAGGCAAUGGGCCAUCGGGUAUUUGUCUGUCAUACCUGCUCAGUGGCAACAAGCCAUAUCUCGACCCGACAACAGUCCACCCAAACCCAAUACUAUAUAGAAAACUGCAGGAGACCAAACACCUAGCCAUCACUGAACAGGACCUAGAAUAUUUGAGUGAAGGUCUUGAGGGACGGUCAAGGAACCCCGUGGCUGUGCUGUUUGACUCCCUACUGCACCCAAAUGCUGAUUUUGGUUAUGAGUACCCUCCCGUGGUUCAGUGGAGGAGGGACAAGCAACAACACAUCCCACAUCUUGUUUUAGGGAGAGCAACGCCUGGAGGAGCCUGGCAUGCAAUGGAAGGUUCCAUGCUAACAAUAAGUCUUGGCAUCUGGAUGGAGCUUCCUGGGGUAAACUACAGAGACCUGAUCAGUGGAAAACGAAGGGAUGCCACCAGUGACAGGGCCACCCCUGAAGAGAUCUCAUCCUAUUACCGCAAUUAUGUGAAGCUAAAAGGCCUCCAAAAGAAUUUUGUUGACAACACCUCAGUGACCUCAGUCCAAAGACUCUGCAGGGACCAAAAGAUUGAGAAUCUGGAAAAUGGACAUACUUGUCUUCGAGACCAAACUGUGGAUGAUGGUGGAAAUGACAGCUUUGAGGGAAAUGGUAUAGAAUGUAUUCGUGAUGGGGGACUUGGGCCACUCUGGGAAAUAAGGGGAUACCAACAAGUGCAGAACAACGCUCACGCCCCCUUCUGUCUGUUUGCGGAGAAUGUAGUCCUUGCCACUGGUGCAUCUGAUUCACCAAUUCGAUUAAAUGUGGACGGGGAGGACCUACCCUUUGUGUUCCAUAGCGUCUCAGAAAUGGGGUUGGCUAUUAGUCUGCAUAAACUGGACACAACAUCAGAUCCAAUAUUAAUAGUCGGUGCCGGUUUAAGUGCCGCAGAUGCAGUUCUGUGUGCUUGCAACUGCAAUGUUAGAGUGCUGCAUGUCUUUCGAAAGAGCGUUGAUGACCCUGACCUCAUCUUCAAACAGUUGCCUAAGACCUUGUACCCAGAGUAUCACAAAGUCUACAACAUGAUGUGCUCUCAGACCUACAAAAAUGUGGUUCCCUCAUCUUCUUCAAACAGAGCUCAGACAAUGUGUACUGCUUCUUCAGUUUGUGCCAAGAUGUGCCGCAAGCCACAGUUGGCCACAGCUAACAUGGCCAAUAACGCCAGCAUCAGCCUCUUUUCAGACUACACGAGUUUCCCCGGACACUGCGUGGUGUCCUUGGAGUCAGAUAAGAGGUGCUUGCUACAGGGGAACAAUUCCCUGAGGGCGUUUAAGAUCUCCAUGGCCCUGGUUCUGAUUGGAACCAACCCCAAUUUAUUUUUCUUUAAGGGCCAGGGCCAGUAUCUGGGUCGAGAUCCCACAAAGCCCAUAUCCUGCAAACAUAACCCAAUUGACAUCCACCCGUACACCUUUGAGUGUACUAGGGAGCCUGGGCUGUUUGCUAUGGGCCCACUGGUGGGAGACAAUUUUGUCCGCUUUUUGAAAGGCGGUGCCUUAGGCAUCGCCUCCUGCCUUCUGAAGAGACUCAACAAGAAAGGGAAGCUGAUUAGCAAUGGAGAAAACACGUUAAUUGGAAAUGACUAAUGUAAAAGAGUUAAUACAGUGGCGAAAAUAAUUAUUUUAUAUCACAGAGUUUGUAAGUUAACUCACUGACAAAGACAUGAGCGGUCAAUAAUUUUAAUAGUAAGUUUAUGUUAACAGUGAGAGACAUCAAUUCAUUUUCCAUACCGCUUAUCCUCAUGUGGGUGGGACAUGGGUGUGCUGCAGCCUAUGCCAGCGAUCUUUGGGCUAGAGGCAGGGUACACCCUGAACUGGUCACUUACCAAUCACAGUGUUCAUAUAAACAUCCAUCCAUUCAGUCACAUUCACUGCAGGCAAUUUAGUCUUCAAUCAACCUACCAAGAAUCAUUUUGGGAUGUGGGUGGAAACCAUAGUACCUGGAGAUAACCCAUGGAGGCACGGAGAGAACAUGGAAAUCUCCACACAUGCAACCCCAGAUUUGAACCAAGGGUCCUCAGAACUUCAAGGCAGAUGUGAUUACCAGUAGUCAACCGUGCUGCCAGAGACAGAAUGUCGAAAAGAAAAUCCAGAGAACCACAUUAAAAAAAGACCAAAUUGUAUUUGCAUUUGCUUGAGUUAAACAAGUAUUUGAUCUCCUACCAACUAAAAAGAGUUCUCAGUAGCACAGACUAGUCCUCUCACUUUGAAAAAGUACUCCUAAUCUAAACUUGUUGGCUGUAUGAGAGGCACCUACCUCAACUUGUUACCUGUAUCCAGACACCUGUCCACAGAAUCAAUCAGUCAGAUACCAACUACUCCAUCAUGGACAAGACCAAAGAACUUUCUGAGGACAUCGGUGACAAGAUUGUAGACUUGCACAAGGUUGGAAUGUGCUAAAAUAUCAGUGGGAAGAGGCUGGCUGAGAACGAGACAACUGUUGGUGCAAUCAUUACAAUUGAACAAAAUUAAUGUCUGGGGUUCCUUCUAAAAUUUCACUUUGCAAGGUAUCAUUGAUCAUGAUAAAGGUUAGUCAUUAGCCUGGAACUACAUGGGAAGAGCCAGCUGAGACCACAGUCACCAAGAAAAACAUUAGUAUCACACUAUGCUGUACUGGAGGAAAAUUCCGGAGCGCCUGUCCCUCUGCUCAAGAAGGCACAUGUACAAACCUGGCCGAUAUUUGCCCAUGAACACCUGAAUGUUUCAGAGUAUGAUUGGGAAAAGAUGAUAUGGUCAGACAAGACAAAAAUCGAAAAAAAAAAAAAAAAAAAAAGGAAUCAACAUGACUUGGUGUGUUUGGAGUAAGAGGAAUUCAGACUGACUCCAAGAACACCAUUCCCACUGCCAGGGUGGAAGCAUUACGCUUUGUGGCAUUUCUCUGCUAGGAGGAUCUUGGGAAAUAUUGAUGGAGCCUUGGACCGUGAAAUCCUAGGUGACAUUUUUAUUCUCUCAGCCAGAAAACGUAUCAAAAGGGUUGUGGAUGGGAUGGAUGGAAGGAUGGAUUUCAGCAAGAAGAUGACACAAAGCACACAACCAAGGAAAUGAAUGAGUGGCUAAAGAAGAAGCACAUUAAGGCCAUGGAGUGGCCGAGCCAGUCUCCAGACCUAAAUCCCAAAGAAAAUCUGUGGAGGGAGUUCUUGGCAAGGCACAGCCUCAAAGCCUUUAGGAUUUGGAGAGGAUCUCCAAAGUGAGUGGUCCAAAAUUCCUCCCCAGAUGCGUGCAAACCUAGUGAUUAACAAGAAAUGUCUGACUUCUGUACUGGCCUACAAGGGCUUUUCCACAAAGCACAAUGUAACAUUUUGAUAGGGGGCCAAAUACUUACAGGGGAUGAAAUAUGUAUUUAACACAUAACCAUUUUUAAUCACUUAAUAUACUUCCAAAGGUGCUAUUGACCUGAAAAAAGUUCACCCGAAGUUGGGUACAACCCAAGUAACCCAUACAUACAAAGAAAGCAGAACAAAUAAGAUCAGUUGAUCAAUUAAGUUGUAUGUAAAAAUGUGAAUUGACAGGGAAAAAGUGCCAAACACAUGAAGAAAGGGAGGUGCAAAAAGGUUUGGAAAAUCAAGAGGACACCAAAACUCCAUCAAUAAUGAAACAGCAAUCCAGCCCCUUGUCAAUGCAAAUGAAGAUCAGAUGAUUCAGUCCUGACUGAUGGCCCACAAAAAGGUCUCACUGCCAAGGUGUGAGUCAAGACUGAUGUCUCAAGACCAUCGCAAAGUAAUUGUUACAAAACAUAACAAUGACAUCAGUUACGGGUGCAACUCUAAACUUCUGAACAUUUCACUGAGCACGGUUGGGGCCAUAAUACUUAAGAGGUAAGCCAGUCAUACAACCAUAAAUUUGCUCCAAUCACGUGCUCCUCAUAGGAUUUCUGACUGAAGAGUGCAAAGACUAAUCAGAAGACUUAUCUAAGAGCCCAGGACCACCUCUGGAGACCUUCAUAAUAAGACCUGGAAUUAGCAGGUACUGUUGUAGCAAGGAGAACAGUGAGUUUGCCAUGGCCUCUGUGAACACUCACCAGAUUUUUAGACUACUUGUGUGGAGGAAUGGGCAAAAAUCACACCAGAGCAAUGGAUGCAACCAGUCGGUCAAUUCAGGAGGUGUCUUGACAUUACAAAGAAAUCUUGAGAAUUAAUUAAAUACCACUUGCCGUGUUCAAUACUUUCUCCUUGUGUCAUUUCACAUUAUUACACACAACUUAAUUAAUGAUUUUAUGUGUUCUACCUUCUUUGUAUGUAUGGAUUACUUGUGUUGUUCACAAUAUCCGGUGAAAUUUGCACGUCAAUUGCAGCUUUGAAAAAUGGUCACAUUAAAUACUUAUUUCAGCUUUUGCAUUUCCUUUAAUGGAUUUCAAAAUGAUUAUAAUCAUUUGUGAUUUUCAUUGGUAUUCUGUUUCUUUCUGUUAGAAUAUACAUACCAUUAAGAUCAGAGACCAGAGUCUAUUUCAGUGGGUAAACAAAAUAUCCUACACUGUAUAUCUUUAGAAUCAUCACUACAUCCUUCUUUCAUCCAUGAAAAGGCAUUUAGGACCACAUUUUUUUUCCGAAACAGAUGUUUGAAUUUCCAGGAACCCAAGCUACGAUGUGCCAACAUUUUUAAAUAUGCCCAUUCGUUUUGGAAGCUCACAACUGAAAAGAGAUCGCACUUUCAUUCGGGAUUUUUUUCCCCCAUGUUCCAGCUUUCAAUUUAUCUAACACUUGCUGUCAGCUACUAGAAGAAAGAAUCUCAAAAAGGAGAAUGUACUCAAAACCACUGAAAGAUAAACAUUUCGACCAGGCUACAGCCUCAAAUUUUAUUUCUGAAGUAAACAACACAAAACUAAUAUCGUAAUGUUUUUACUGAUGACUCUGACCCAAACCAUUUUUUUUUCCCUAAAUUGUUGAACUGAUGCGCAACUGACAGGAUUUCUUUUGCAAACCAUUUUCACCGAAUGUAUGGAUGUUGGUAUGGUUCUAAUACCUUCUAACAACUGACUAGUCUAACAUUUUUUUGAACUGUCA